AUGAACCUCUUUCUCACCACCAUCAUCCUUGCGUGCGCCAUAUACUGUUCCAGUGGAGAAACAGUCAUAGAGUCAAAAGCACAAUCUGAUUCAGUGGUUUGGAUCGUUCAGCUUUCCGAUCUUCAUUUCAGCGUUCAUCAUCCUAACAGAGCCAAAGACUUCACCAACCUUGCCGGCCCCGCUCUUUCCGUCAUCAACCCCUCCCUCGUCCUCAUCACCGGUGACCUCACAGAUGGUAAAAGCAAGGAUUUGCUAACGAUGAAGCAGAAUGAGGAUGAAUGGGUGGAGUACAGGAAUGUGAUGGAUGAUGUUAUUCAGAGAAGUGGACUUCACAAGAGUCUGUUUUAUGACCUAAGAGGAAACCAUGAUAGUUUUGGUGUUCCUGAAGUUGGUGGUUCCUUUGAUUUCUUUUCUAAAUACAGUAUUAAUGGACGAUUGGGGAGAAAUGGGAGUGUCAAUAGUGUCACCAUUGAGACCAACGAGCGGAAACAUCUCUUUGUUGGGAUUGAUACCACAAUGUCAACUGGCUUACGAGGUCCAACUAAUCUUUUUGGGCAUCCCACGGAUCAAUUACUAAAGGAUUUGGACUUGGAACUUUCACACUGGGAUUCUCGGUCGGAAAAACCAGUCACCAAAAUAGUCUUCGGGCAUUUUCCACUCUCAUUUUCUGCAGCCUCUAGUUCUGGACGAACCUUGAAAGAUGUUUUUCUAAAUCAUUCCAUAUCAGCCUACUUGUGUGGGCAUCUCCAUUCUAGGUUUGGCAAGAACUUAAAACGGCACCAUCAGUUGAGUAAUCGCUUUUUAUCCCUGCAGAAUUUUUUUCAGUUUAACAUACAUCAAAAUUCUUUUGAAAGCACUGUAAAUUGUUCGUUGAAAUCCCUUCCAAAAGACUUUUGGGAGUGGGAGAUGGGUGACUGGAGAAAGAGUACAGCCAUUCGAAUUUUAGCCAUUGAUAAAGGCCAUGUUUCAUAUGUUGAUCUUGAUUUCAAGUCAGGGGCCAAACAUGCAAUUAUAGUGCCCACUUUUCCUUUAGACUCUCGCUUCAUGCAGACAUCUUCAUGCCAUCAUAACUAUGAAUGUCAAUCAGCGGCUUCUUCAUCUUACGAGACAAUUCGGACUUUGGUAUUUUCUGCUUCUCCACUUGAGUCUGUUAUCGCUAGGGCCUAUGAUUUACGGUCCGGAAAUCUUGAAUUAGUUUUAGAAGCCGAUAUGACCAAGCAUGCUGAUGAGGGGAACCUCUAUUUUGCUCCAUGGAAUUACAAAGCCUUCGAGGAUACUUCUCCUAAUAGAUUUUGGCUUCAAAUUGAAUCAAACGACAUCAUGGGUAGAUCAACUAUGACCGAAUUAAGACCAUUUUCUAUUAAUGGUCAUAGCUUCAAGAUUUCUUGGAGCUGGAAGGAGUUUUAUGUCAUGGGAUGUCAAUGGGCCUCCUUAUAUUACCCAAUGUUAUGGUCUUCUCUGUGUUUUAUGUUCUCCUUUCUUCUUGUUCCUAAAGCUCUCCUUGUUUUUCAAAAGAAUAUAUAUACUUACAAGAACUUUAUCGCCAAUAAAGGCUUAGUAAAUGGUGUAUUAUGGAUUCUCCAGGAACUAUGCAGGGUUCAUACAUUAUGGUUUGGUUGGAUAGGAUACCUAUUCUAUCUUAUAUUGUUCCCAUGGUUUGUGGGGCAAGUUUUUACCGAAGGAAAGAAUAUGGUGUACAUGACCUAUAUGGGUUGGGCUUUGGAGACUUCUAAUGGAAAGGGGAAGCUUGAGUUUGUUGGAUCCCCGGAUAUUCUGGUGUUGGUUCUUCCUCAUAUAUUAUUUGUUGUUUUGCCUGCAAUUUUGGUCACUAGUGCACUGACUGCUGAAAGAGCUAUUUACCGGGAACGAGUGUUGGCGUAUUCAGGGAAGAAAGAAGACGAUCAUGAUUCAAACUCUAGAAAAGUUUUAUUAAAUAAAAACCACAGCGGCAUAAUAUCUAGUUUCCACCUUGGCAACCGAAGGAUCCGUAUGCUUCUGUGUGUGCUUUGCUUGGCAAUAUGUUGGAAGCAUUUUAUGAAUUGCAGAACUCUUGUAAAAGCUUAUGAUAUGAACCCAGUACUCCAUUUACUGGGUUAUGGUCUUGCAAUCCCCUUGUUAUUGGCAUCUGCUGUCAGUGAAACCAGGAAUGCCUAA